AUGUCAAUUGAGCCAGUGAUCACCUCUCUUCUAGAUACAGAUCUUUACAAGAUCACAAUGCAUGCUGCUGUUCAUAAGAACUUCCCUGAUGCCAUUGUUUCAUAUAAUUUUACGAAUAGAACACCUUAUAAGAAAUUAAAUAAUGAAGCUAUAGAUUGGUUAAAAAAACAAAUUGAAUUAUUAGGAGAUCUAAGAUUCACCAGUGAAGAUAUUGAAUAUUUACAAAAAUCUGUUCCUUAUUUACCAAAUGAAUACUUCCAAUACUUGGAGACUUUCAAAUUAUCACCAAAAGAAGAUGUUAAAAUAAUUGUUGAAGAAGAUAAUACAUUGGAUUUAAAAAUCCAUGGUAAAUGGCAAGAUACUAUAUUAUAUGAAAUCCCAAUAUUAGCAUUAAUCUCUGAAGCUUAUUUCAAAUUUGUUGAUACUGAUUGGAAUUUAGAUGGUCAAUUAGAAAAAAUUCAAACAAAAGCUAAGGAAUUAAUUAACAACAAAAUCCCAUUUUCAGAAUUUGGUGCUAGAAGAAGAAGAUCAUUUGAAACUCAAAAAUUAAUAAUUGGAAGUAUUGUGGAAUUAACUAAAACCCUUUCACCAGAAGAAAGCAAGUUUUUCUUGGGUAGUUCAAAUGUAUUAUUUGCUAAAACUUUUAAUUUAAAACCAAUAGGUACAAUUGCUCAUGAAUGGAUGAUGGGUAUUGCAUCAAUAACAAAUGAUUAUAUAAAUGCAAAUUUCAACUCCAUAAAGAUUUGGACCGAGACUUUUGGUCCUGAAAAUUCAGGAUUAGCAUUAACAGAUACUUUUGGUACUGAUUCUUUUUUGAAAAUUUUCAAUCCACCAUAUUCAAAUUAUUAUUCAGGGGUAAGACAAGAUUCUGGAGAUCCUUUAAUAUAUGCAGAAAAAAUUGCAAAUCAUUAUUAUCAAACCCUUGGAUUACCAAAAUUUUCUAAAACUAUUUGUUUUUCAGAUUCUUUAAAUGUUGAAAAGGCAAUUUUGUAUAAGAAUAAAGCUGAUCAAGUUGGAUUAAAUUCAAUAUUUGGUAUUGGUACAAAUUUUACAAAUGAUUUUAAUAAUGCUAGUGAUGGUUCCAAGUCUGAACCUUUGAAUAUUGUUAUUAAGAUUAGUGAAGCUAAUGGUAAUCCUUCAAUUAAAAUUAGUGAUAAUUUAGGUAAAAACACUGGUGACCAUGAAACUGUUCAAAGGGUUAAAAGGGAAUUAGGGUAUGAAGAAAGAUCAUGGGAAGGUGGUGAUGAAGCACAUAGAUGGUGA